AUGGAGAUUGACAAGCCAAAACAGGUGAUGAAGGAGGAAAGGAAGGUGCAGGCCGAGGUGGUGCUUACGAAGCCGCUGACGGUGGAUGAUUCCGACGACGACGACGACGACGACGUAGAAUACAGGACUCCCAACCUCGUCCACCGCGUCUUGAGCCUCUUCAAAAACGUCCGCCCUGGCUCGGAUCUCACCACCUUCCAGCUGCCGCCGUCGUUCAACUACCCAAAGUCGCAGCUGCAGGCGUACGGGGAAAUGGUGUACUGCGCCGGGAAGGACAUUCUAUCGGAUUGCAGCAGCACCAAGUGCGACCCGUUGGAGCGGUUUACCCGGGUGGUCGGGUGGAGCAUCUCCACGAACCGACCCGGCAUCAUUGGGCUGGUGCCGUACAACCCGGUCCUCGGGGAGACCCACCACGUGUCCUCCCGUUCACUCAACGUCCGGCUGGAGCAGGUCUCCCACCGCCCUCCGGUCACCGCCCUCCACGCCACCGACCACCGCCACGGCGUCGACAUGCUCUGGUUCCAACGCCCCGUUCCUAAAUUCCAAGGAACAAGGGUGGAAGUGGAAGUGCAAGGGAAGAGGAAGCUGAAGCUUGUGGAGCACGGCGAAACUUACGUCAUGAAUUCCCCAAACAUGACGCUCAAGAUCAUCCCGCCGGCCGUCGACUGGACCGGAACCGUCAAAGUCAGCUGCCGGGAGACCGGCUACGAAGCCGAACUGAACUACUCCACCUCCUCUUCCUUCUUCGGACGGCGGUCCGGUGCCAAACAUUCCGUCACCGGCAAGAUCUACAAGACGACGCCGCCGCCGCCGCCGGCGGCUGCUUCUCCUCCUCCCGGCAAUAAUUAUAAGUUGCUCUACACUCUGCACGGACACUGGAACAGUACCGUGAAAAUAAGGGACCCGAAUGGCGGGGGAGAGCGGGUUAUUUACAAUGCUAAAGAAGUGGCAUCCAAGUUAAAAGCCCCAAUUCUCAUGGAUCCACAGAGUGUUUUAGCAAGCGAGUCGGCAUCGGUGUGGAGCGAAGUAAGCAGAGGCAUACUGAGCAGAGACUGGGAGAAAGCCAAGGAAGCAAAGAGAGCCGUGGAGGAGAAGCAGAGAGAGAUGGCCAAAGCUAGGAAGUCGAGAGGGGAAGUUUGGGUUCCAAAGUAUUUUACUCCCUCCAAAUGUGACGGUGAUGGUGAUGAUGACACUUGUGAAUACUCACCCAUUGAAACACUGGUUCCACCAGCUCCCAUUGUUGUUCCCUUCUAG